AUGGCAUUCGGUGGCCCUCGUGGUGGACGUGGCGGUGGCCGUGGUGCUCCUCGUGGAGGUGGUGGUGGCCGUGGUGGUAGAGGCGGUCUUGGUGCCGGUGGUCGUGGCCGUGGCGGUGGUGGCCGUGGUGCUCCCCGCGGUGGUCGUGGUGCCCCCCGUGGCCGUGGUGGUCCUCGCGGCGGUGGUCGCGGCGGUGCUAAGGGUGCUAAGGGUGGUGCUAAGGUCAUCAUUGAACCCCACCGUCACGCUGGUGUUUUCGUCGCCCGUGGUGGCAAGGAAGAUUUGCUCGUCACCAAGAACCUUACUCCCGGAGAGGCCGUCUACGGUGAGAAGCGCAUUUCUGUCGAGUCCCCCGCUGAGGAGGAUGGCACUGUGACCAAGACCGAAUACCGUGUCUGGAACCCCUUCCGUUCCAAGUUGGCUGCCGGUAUCCUGGGUGGUCUGGAUGACAUCUACAUGCGCCCUGGCUCCAAGGUCCUGUAUCUCGGUUCCGCCAGCGGUACCUCCGUCAGUCACGUUGCCGAUAUCGUUGGACCUACUGGUAACGUCUACGCCGUUGAGUUCUCCCACCGUUCCGGUCGUGACUUGAUCGGCAUGGCUACCCACCGCACCAACGUUAUCCCCAUUGUCGAGGACGCCAGACACCCUCUCCGCUACCGCAUGCUCGUCCCCAUGGUCGAUGUCAUCUUCGCCGAUGUUGCCCAGCCUGACCAGGCCCGUAUUGUCGGCCUGAACGCCCACAUGUUCCUCAAGGAGGGCGGUGGUGUCAUUGUCUCCGUCAAGGCCAACUGUAUCGACAGUACCGCCAAGCCCGAGGUUGUGUUCGCUCGUGAAGUCCAGAAGAUGAGAGAGGAGAGGAUCAAGCCCAGGGAACAGCUGACCCUGGAGCCUUUCGAACGUGACCACUGUAUAGUGUCUGGUAUCUACAAGCGCUCUGCAUGA